CUUUGUUAACCAAUUAAAAAAAAAAAACAACUUUGUUUACAGUCAUGUUGGUAAUACCAGUUAAAAAAAUUACAAAAAUACAGAGAAUAGUUUUGUAGUGUUUUCUGCCUGGGUUUCUCUAUUUAAAUAGGUCCAGACAUUGAACUUCUGGGUUUCAUCUGUAAACUUUAUUUUAGUCUGUGGCUUAGAAUUUCAACAAAAUAUGAAUGUAAGGCACAGUGUUGGGUUAUGGAGCGAGGAACAUGUUAUUUUAUUGUGUUACGCUAGUGUUUAGUAAUAAGAAAAAAAAAAUGAAAUCAUCGAAAGCCGGUCAGAUAAAAUUUUCUCGAAGAAAAUGAUAGCUUAGAAAAUUAAAUAUGGUAUGAAAUCCGUCAAGAAACGUAAUGCCGAAAUGCGUGGUUAAACCUUUCGCCACAGCAAUGCUUGGGAAUGUGUAGUGUUGUGAUGCUUCAGUUUCCUAUUGACAGAAUGCCAUUAACACGUACACGUUCUUUAACCACAAAUAUGAAUGGGGCUUCUAGUUCUCCAAAUGAUACUUACCUGGCUCAUAUCCCUGAAAAUACUAACCAUCUACCUCCCCUUGUGACAAACCGUCGGCAGAUAGAAGAUGCUUCAGCAGGAGCCUGUGUCCCUACUCCACCGAACUACUCAGUGACUCAAUCUAAUAGCGGAAAUAAAACAUUACCUUCAGUAAGUGCAGGUUCACUGGAAGCAUGUGCCAGCCCGGCCAACAAUGGCUCUGCAAGACCAAGAACAAUGGUUGCAUCGCCAGAGCAAGUGAUGAAUCUUUACAUCAGUCAUUUAACUCCAUAUGAACAUCAUGAGAUAUUCAACUAUCCACAGAUUUACUUUAUUGGUGCAAAUGCAAAAAAAAGGCCAGGUAUUUUAGGAACAGCAAAUAACUGUGGUUAUGACAAUGAUCAAGGUUCAUACACUCAUGUCCCUCAUGAUCAUGUAGCUUACCGGUAUGAAGUCCUUAAAAUCAUUGGGAAAGGAAGUUUUGGGCAAGUAGUGAAAGUAUAUGAUCAUAAAAACCAUGAACAUGUUGCAUUAAAAAUGGUACGAAAUGAGAAACGAUUUCAUAGGCAGGCUCAGGAAGAAAUAAGGAUUUUAGAACAUUUGAGGAAACAGGACAAGCAAAACACAAUGAACAUAAUACAUAUUUUUGAUAGUUUUACAUUCCGAAAUCAUAUGUGCAUAACUUUUGAAUUGUUGUCAAUAAACCUUUAUGAAUUGAUUAAGAAAAAUAAGUUUCAAGGUUUUAGCUUACAGUUAGUUCGCAAGUUUUCACAUUCGCUUCUUCAGUGUUUGGAUGCAUUAUACAAGAACAAAAUAAUACAUUGUGAUAUGAAGCCAGAAAAUGUCUUGCUCAAGCAGCAAGGUCGAAGUGGAAUUAAGGUUAUCGACUUUGGUUCGAGUUGCUACGAAACACAACGUGUGUACACGUACAUUCAGUCAAGGUUUUAUCGAGCACCAGAAGUUAUUUUGGGUGCCCGAUAUGGAAUGCCAAUUGAUAUGUGGAGCUUGGGCUGCAUUCUAGCAGAGUUAUUGACUGGAUACCCCUUACUCCCUGGUGAAGACGAAGCAGAUCAACUAGCGUGCAUCAUCGAACUUCUGGGAAUGCCACCUCAAAAACUUCUCGAUGCCUCCAAACGUUCGAAAAAUUUCAUCAGUUCAAAAGGCUAUCCACGGUACUGUACUGCCAAUACCUUGCCUGAUGGUACUACAGUGUUGGGUGCGGGUGUUUCUCGAAGGGGGAAGCCCCGUGGGCCACCAGGUUCUAGGGACCUUCGUCGAGCUCUUAAUGGCUGUGAUGAUGCGCAGUUCUUAGACUUUAUUCGACGUUGCCUAGAAUGGGAUCCUGAUGCUAGAAUGACUCCAGCAUCUGCCUUACGCCAUGGGUGGUUAAGGCGCCGUUUGCCAAGGCCCCCUCCAGAAAAAAGUGAAGGUCAGUCUGGUGGUCGUAAUUCAUCAUCAAGAAAUUCAAGCAAGACGAAUGCAGUUACCAGUGGUGUCUUGAGUACCAAUACAAUUAGGCUUCAAUUGCCUGAUGACAGAGCAACUACUGCCCAUUCAACCAAGUUACCUCAAAUUCCCAAUCAUUCAUAACACAAAUGACAAUAGAUUUUUAGGUUUUAAAUGGUUGGAUAUUUUAUAAUAUUUUGUUCUUGGUACUUUAAUGCACAUGGGUCAGUGAAGACCAUUCCUACAAGGCCUUGGCAUUUACCUCAGAAAAUUUUUGAUCAUUUAUAUAGUAAUGACCUAUUUUAUGGUGUAUUAACUGCACUUUUUAAUUUUUUCACUGUAAUGUUUACUAGUUGACUGCUUCACUGGUAAAUCCCAGACAUGCGGCAUCCCCAAAGGUUGUAUAGAAAUUUAUCACACUAGUGUAGCAUGUAAGCCUGCUCUUUUUGGACUUGAGGAACUGAGAAAUAUAGUUAAGGUACACAAUUACUGCCUACUGAUAACAGUUUUUAUUUUAUAAAGCGUAUCAUAAUCUAUGUAUAUGUUCUUGAUUAUUGUUUGUAUUUUCAUUUUUAUACUGGAAAAUGAAUUUUUAUAGCGAUAAUGUUUUAGUUUAUUUAUUAUGCAUUGUUACAAUUGGUCUAUUUAUUCAAGAUGAGUUAGGGUGCUGUGUGUUAAUACGAUUUUUUAUAAAAAAAUUGAAUUUGUAACUGCUUGUCCUCAAAAUUGUAAAAAAACCUGAGACUAAGCAGUAAUAUUUUUUAAAAUAAAAAGGAAUAUUUCAAAACUAUAGGACUGGUGUUCCAUGACACCAUCUUUUGGCCUGUGAUUGAGGAAAAUGUUCUGUAAUAUAAUUUUUGCCAUGAAGUAGUUCUGAUCUUGACGAGGAAAAAAAGAUCUUGUCUUAAUUAAUUUUACUAAGCCUUAUGUGAGAUAACUAAUCAGGGUAUCUACAAAUACUUGGCAAACUUAUUUCAGGACCUUUCAAUAAAAUUUUUGUACACCUUUUUUAUGCCGCAGGGUAGAUUUUUUUUAGUAAGCAAAUUAAAAGUAACAUGAAAUUUAUCUUGUAUUCGCAGGAGCAUACUGAUUUUUAUUUUAACAAAGUUAAUGUGCAACUGUGAAUUGAAGUGAGGCAUCAGAAAACAAAAUGCAAGUUAGCAAAAUGCAGCUGGAAAUUGUUGUUUUGUGACUUCCAGCAUCAGUGUUGUUUAUUUUGAGACUUUUUUUGUCUUUCGUGACCAGUUCUUCAGUUUUCAUACCAAAAUGUUCGGAUUAGUUUGAAUUUACUGUAAGCAAACACAUUUUGAAGUUAUGAUUUCUGUAGCAUACUAUUCCCUUCGCUAUUAUAUAUUUAUUAUAUUAAAUAAAAUACUGCUGUAUAUUUAUGUUGCAUUAUUACACUGCAUUUAGUUUAAACAUGCAUUUAUCUCAACAGAUGUUUCACUUGGGUUAUAUCUAAAAAAUGCUACAGCAUUUUUCUUUAUUUUAAUAAUAGAAAAAUGUAUUACAUUUCAUUAUUUGAUAAAUUACAGGCCGAAAGAACAUAUCAACUCAUAUUUUUAUGAUGAAGAGAAAAUGAUAUUACCAAACAUUACCAUCAUGCGAAUCAAGGGCCAUGUGACCCAUAGUUCAAAAGAUUUAAAUUUUUUUUUUUUUUUUAAUUCUAUACAAAAAUUAUUCCCUAAUCUAAAGUACAUUUAUUCUUCAAGAGUUACAUUUGUUAAUUAGAUUUACUGGUGUUCAGAGCUUCAGAAAAAAAUCAUAAAUACAUUUGUGAUUUGUCAUGAGGAAUCACCUCAAAAGUCAACACACUGCCUCCUAACUCACCCUGCAUUUAGUGACACAAUGUCAUGUAUUUUACGAUCUCAAAACUGUUGAUUUUUUAAAAAAUCAUUAAACAGGUCUUACUUUUACCCCAGUGCACUUAAACAUUCUUAAAUCAAGGAUGAUGUAAGUCCUGGGAGUAUUAAAAAAGGCCAGAAAUGCCUUAUUUAGCCUCGAAUAAGGCUAAUAUUAUGAAAUCUAUGUGGCUAAGUGAAAGUAAGGACUGUAAAUUGUUUUGUGUUCACGCCCACGCUGUGUUAGUACAUCCAAAUGAAUGUUUUUGUUUAUUGUAGAGGCCCAUGUGAACACAAGCAAUAAAGGAUGACUUUCUCUUCUCCAGA